AUGGAUAGAUGUUGUCACUCAGCUUUUGUUCUUUCACUGUGACAUUUUCUUAGUAUUCUCAUGGCCUUUCUGGGGAAAUUGCAAUUUCUUGGAGUGAGACAAAGAUCAAUUCCGAUGUUAUGGGGCGGCAGUCAGUUAGUCUGUAAGGACUUGGUUUUUGAGAUGCUAAAAGACAUGCUAGUCUGCUUUCUAGCUAGCUCAGGGGUGUUCAAACUUUUUCCACACAAUGAAAAAUCACUUUGAAGUUGUUUGGAGUUUUUAACUUGCGAUAUAGGUAAAAGAGCAUAUUAUUAGCAUUGUUAUUAGCAUUAGCAUUGUCAGUAUUUGCUCUUUUUCCCCCUCAUUGUGAAAUAUUUCAACAUUUUUAGAGAAUAAUAUUCACACUAGUACGCGCACUAAUACUAGUACUAGUACUAGUCACACUAAUACUCAAAACUAGUGUAAUUAUCUGUCCAUGCAGCAAGUAAAUUUUACUUGGCAAGAAAGCUGAAAUAAAAAUUUCUAAAAAUAAGCAGGACUACGGAAGCAUCAAAUAUGGCGAUUCACCUUGUUCCAAUCUCCUUGACUAAUCCUCACUGGCUGUGACUUUUGACCCCAUCAUGACAUCUUAUGUAAGAAUCUUGUUAAGGAAAUCACACGGGACAUGCUUGUGCACUGUUACGACUGGCAGAGUAAGCUCAUUAAGAGGUACCCCCGGCCACACUCACAGGUAACAACAUCAGUUUCAAAUAUGUCUCCCAAUUGCACAACAUCUUCAGCUGCAAUGUGUUUGUCUCAUUUGGCGGACUGUCUUGUUUAUUCUGUGUGUUUUCCUUUGUGGGAUAUAAACGCAAGAGUCGGAGGCCUGAGCUGUCCGCCUCGCUCUUUUCAGUGAGCUUGUGUUAUGACUACAACUGACAGUGUGUACUUUGUGGUGAUAGAUGCACAGAGGCCCUGUGGCGCCAAACUAGUUUGUAAUUUACCGCUGAUUGCUGUCAAUGUAUAGUUCUUUUUUUUUUUUAUUGCAUGCAUGUCGCCGUCAUUGAUAUUGCUAUUUUUAUCAUUCCCAGUAAGGAUUAUAUGCAUAGAACUAACAAACAAAGAAAUAAUUUAGCUUCAUAAAUGCUGUAUUCUGCAGGUAUAAUACAUGUGCAUCCCUGUGUAAUUUGCACGCAGUCAGCUGAUGUAGCUGUUUGAAGGAAGCCAAAGGCAUCAGGGGACAAGCAGCCAUGUGACUGUGGAUGCAGGGAUUGGUUUAGUGCAGCUGUGACAUCAGCAAAACCUCCCCUCUUACCGUUCCCUCCCCUCUCCUAUCACCCUCGCAGUCUUCCUCCCUCUCCUUUCCGCUCUGCGUUUCUCCUUUGCAUUUCCUCAGCAUCCCUCCUUUCAGAAAUGGCGUGUGUUGGUGCUGGCAGGGCGUCGGGGACCUAACAUACACUGAGAGGACCCCCUUCAUUCCAGGAUUUGCUGAAUACCCCCUCGAGUGGGUCUCUUUCUCUUACUGUCCUCCCCCAGCUGCUGCCUUUCAACCCCCCCUCCCUUCGCCUGUUCUCUCAUCCCUGUACAUGGGAGUUGGGCCUCUAGGGGAGGAGGGAGUCAACCUCUGUGCUUCGCCUGGGAUCUGUGCACAAUUAGCCAUGCCCUGCCUGGGCAUCUUCUGACCAACUGGAAGCAUUUCCAUUUCUGUCCUUCCACACACCAGCGGCAGUGUAGGAUGAAAAUCUGGAACCAUGAUGCAAGGACUGAAAAACCGAACCAGGAAAGCCUUGGGCUUACGGAAAAAAGACAAGGAUACAGAGACAACGAGCUCACCUGACAAAGAAGCAACUGGAAGUGGAAAGAAAGGAAACAAAAAGGCUAACGGAGCGCCAAAUGGUUUCUAUGGGGAGUUUGACUGGGACCGUUAUGCCUCGCCAGACGUUGAUGAGGAAGGUUUCAGCCUCCGUCCCGGUGAUGAAGGCGAUGCGGCUUCCAAAGGAAAGCACUUUUUCUCCUCCAGCGAUUCAGAGGACGAUGAAGAAAGCAAGAAAAAGUUCAAAAUUAAGAUCAAGCCCCUGGUAGCGGAAAGCGCUAAGUGUGUCCCUCCAUCUGUGGAUGAGCUAAAAGCCUCAGUGGGAGGCUUGUCGCUUUCUCCGUCUCUGAGACGCAGCCCGGGACAGAUAAAAAGGAACCUGUCAUGUGAAGAAAUUGCUCGACCCAGACGCUCGACCCCCACGCCAAGUCCUGCCCCCGAGACACCGAGUGACAGACUACCACAUAUCAUCCCUGCCUUCUUUGGCCUGCCUUCAGAGACCCAGUAUAUACCCAGAUAUGAUGUGGUUCCUGCUGAUAUCUGGGGAGGAUCCAGACCAAGGUCAGAAUCGCCUUUGAGCAGAAGUUUUCCAACAGGAGCUCCUCCUCCGCUCCCUCCUAAAAACGUUCUAUCACGGAGUCAAGGCUAUCCCUCGCAGUCUAUUGGUGAUUUACCCAAUGGAAGGGCAACUCGCAAUUCUGCCCCCAUCUACCUAAACGUCCUGUCCCCCUCCUCCUACCGAGGCUCCCCAGCUCCUGACCUCGAUGAUGUAUUCGGCCCUGUCGGCAGCCCACACGCCAGUAGCGAGGACGCCAUGUCCAGCAGAUGGGUUACUUUCACUAAUGACAGACCCCCACCACCUGAUGAGCCUGCUCCGCCCCCUCCGCCGGAUUCCCCUGCCCCAGACACGCCCUCGUCCACACCCUCCACACCCUGCCUCUCACCUGGACCACCUCCCAAUGAGCCCCCGCCUUCACCUCCGGUGUUCUCUCCCGGGUCUCCUCCACCUUUCACCCCACUGGACUCACCCCCCUCCAUCAUGCUCGGACCUCCUCCACCGGACGAACCAGCCCCUCCCCUGCCACCUGACUUCUCCCCCUCAAGUUCACCAGCAGUCUGCCUUGAUGAGGAUUCGAUUGAUGCGGAGGUGCUUCAGUUUGCACAUUACUCCUCGUCCCCAGCUCCUAUCAGCCCUGUGCCUCCUCUGCCUGCGGAGCGGAGGUCCCCACGAGCGGGUGGUAUAUCUCCCUUGGCUUUGGGAGUGGUGGGGGGAAAGAAAACUCCGGAAGGUGUGCAUCUGAGAGAUGACGUCGCAGACUUCACAGGUUCCCCUCGGGAGCUGACACCGAGCUUCCGUGGAACGCCACCUCCUCUUCCCCCAACCACAUACAGAUCUAUUAUGUCUUCCCCCGGGCCUUACUCAGGCAGUUGCCCGUCUUCUCCAGCCCGAUCUGCCACGCCACAGUCUCGGGGGAGUCCAGUUCCUCCUCCUCCUCCCCCACGGCCUUCCUCGAGGCCAAAGUUGCCCCCAGGAAAACCCAUCGCAGACCUGACUCGACCCUUCAGUCCACCAGUGUCGGGUAGCCCUCCACCCUUUGCUCCACUGGCUCGGGCUGAGAGCUCCUCCUCCAUCUCCUCCAUAACCUCCCAGAGUGCAGCAUCCACACCUACCUUAGGGAGGGAUCUCAACCUAUCCAGCACAGGUACACAUUCGUGUGUUUGUGGUCCCGUCUUCAUGUCAUCAUCAUCAUCAUGCUCUUACCUCACUGUCAUGUGCCUCUACAUGAUUCUCUCCUGGUCCUGUUCUUCUGCUCACUCAGAGGCAUCACAGCCUCUGGUGUGGUUUGACCAUGGCAGGUUUUAUUUAGCUUUGGAGGGCUGUUCAAGAGGACCCAGCCCACUUACAAUGGGACCCCAAGACACUCUGCCAGUGGCAGCCGCCUUCACGGAAACUAUCAAUGCUUAUUUCAAAGGCGCGGACCCCAGCAAGUGUGUGGUAAAGAUCACAGGGGAAAUGGUGCUCUCCUUCCCUGCCGGCAUCACCAGGCACUUUGCCAACCACCCAAGUCAACCUGUCCUCAUCUUUAGCAUAAGUAAUUAUACCCGACUGGAACAGGUCCUCCCCAAUCCACAGCUGUUGUGCUGUGAUUCCCCAACCGACAGUGUAGACAGUAAGGAGUUUUGGGUGAACAUGCCCAACUUGAUGAGCCAUCUCAAGAAAGUGGCUGAACAGAAGCCCCAGGCAACAUACUACAAUGUGGAUAUGAUCAAAUAUCAGGUGUCGGCGGACGGCAUCCAGUCCACUCCUCUCAAUCUGGCUGUGAGUUGGCGCGGUGACGCCGACAACACGGACCUUCGAAUAGACUACAAAUACAACACAGAGGCCAUGGCAACCCCUGUGCCGCUACACAACGUCCACUUCCUGGUUCCUGUUGAUGGAGGCUUAGCUAAACUCCAAGCGAUGGUCCCACCUGCCACCUGGAAUCCAGAGCAGCAAACGAUACAGUGGAAGAUCCCCAGCCUUUCUAAUAGGUCUGAAAACGGAGGAGUUGGGGCUCUCCUUGGACGGUUCCAAACGACAGAAGGUCCGAGUAAAGCCUCCCAGCUGGCGGUUCACUUCACCAGCGAGGGGAGCACACUGUCCGGCUGUGACAUCCAGCUGCUUGGGACUGGAUACCGGCUAUCCCUGAUCAAGAAGAGGUUCGCGGCAGGGAAAUAUUUGGCAGAUAAUUAGUGGACCUGCCUGUGCAUGGAAACAAGAGUAUCUGUGGCUUUUGACUGUGAAGACAAUGAAUCCUCCCUCUUUAGUGUAUUUUAACAACAUAAUCAGUAGAAUAACUACUGCUGAGUUUAUGCAAUUUGAUAACAACAUUUAGUUUAUACACUUGAAAUCCUAAACUUUGAACUUAAAGGUGGAUUCAAUACAGUGCUGCAUUCAAACUCCUUCCGAUGACUUUGGACUUAGUUGUCAUUGUAAAUUUACUGUAAAAGACGAUAGAUUAUAUAUUAUGAGCGCAAUCUUAUGGUGGAAGAUGUACAAAAAUGUGUAUAAUAGAGUUACUUCCCCAAAUGAUAGGUCAUAAAUUCUUGUUUUUACUGCCAUUUGGAAUGAUUUUGUCUUUGUCAUUGUCUAAGCAAGGGACUUUUUUUAAUGCUACAUUGUGUCGGGAUAAAUGUUUUUGCAGCACAAAUGUUAUUUUUUAAUACUUCUCUGAAACCCUUCAAUUGGAUUGAUGUAUGACAGGGAUGUUACUAUUGUGUGCUAAAACUACAAUUCAUGAGAACAUAUUAUGUUUCUUUACAGAGACAGAAUAUACCUGCAAACAAAUAACAAUAAUACAAUAAUUUUUACAAUUUUAUUGUUAUUGUAUUGACUAAUCUACAGUGGUGUGAAACUUCGGAAUUUUUAAAUUUUUUCGACAUACUUAAAUGUUUCACAUCAUCAAACAUAUUCAAAUAUUAGUCAAAGGCAACACAACAGCAGUUUGGAAAUGAAACUUAUUAUUAAGGGAGAGAAAAAAAAACAAAUGUACAUGGCCUUGUGUGAAAACGUGAUUGCCCACUCUGUUAAAACAUAACUGAAAUUAAAUCAGAUCAAAAAGCAAUUUCUAAAGUUUUGGGACUCCAGCAAACUAUAGUGAGAGCCAUUAUCCACAAAAUGCCAAAACAAGGAACAGUGGUUAACCUUCCCAGGAGUGGCCGACGAGCGACAACUCAUCCAAGGGGUCACAAAAGACCCCACAUCUACAUCCAAAAAACGGUUGGGUAAAAACUGUAAAAAAAAAAAAAAAACUCGGCAAAAAUGAUACCUAAGACCAUUGGUAAAAUACAAUAAAAAGUUGAACUUUUUGGAAGGUGUGUGUCCCAUUAUAUCUGGCUUAAAGUGACGCUGCAUUUCUGAAAAAGAACAUCAUAACAACAGUAAAAUAUGGUGGUGGUAGUGUGAUGGUUUGGGGCUGUUUUGCUGCUUCAGGACCGGGAAGUUUUAUUUUAAAACCACCUUUUGAGUUCAACUGUGUUGUCACUGACUAAUAUUUAAAUUAGUUUGAUGAUCUAGAAUAUUUAAGUGUGACAAAUAUGCCAAAAACAAGAAAUCAGGUUAGUAUCUGCCAUAUUUGGAAAAAAAAUGCAGUGCUAAUCACUCAUUUUAAAGUGAUUGUCAGUAAUUCAGCUGCAAUACCACUGUGUGCAAUACCCUAAAACGACACUUCAUAUUACCCAUAAGGUUGUGUGUGAUUUUAUUCUUUUCCUCUCUGUGGAUGUUGUCUAAAUGAGCCUUAAAAUCAACACGGGCGUGAGUGCCAUAUGCUGGAGAUAUUCAUUUUUGAAUGAAUUUGGGGAGCUGGAGUUUCAUGCUGCUUGAUAACUUGGCUGGCGGACAUCAUUAAGUGAUGAAAUGCGCAUAAGAAGACAUGCUGUUUCAUUUUCUUUCAUGUCCACUGUUUAUGUUUUAUGUAUGUUUAUUUUCUAAUAGCAAUAUAUAAAGAUUUAAGUGUAAAAAGUGUAGUUAAGAGCUACGUUUAAAAAUAAUUCUCUUCCUCUCAUAUGGAUAUGUGUUUGUGGUUGUUUAUUGGUGUCAUAAGGCAUAGGUUGCAACACCAUUUUUCAUCAUGCAUUGUUUCCCCAUGUGGGUUUUGUGUACGACAACAACAACAAAAAAUAAGUGUUACUGUUGAUGAAUAACUCCAGUGCCGCAUGAAAUCUGCAGUCGCCCUUCACCGGUUGUUUCAGUGUAAUGCAAACUUCUCCAUGUCAGUAAGAUACAGCGUGUGAUAUUGUAUAAUCAUGCAAUGACGUCAUCACAACCCCACACCCUGGUUCCAUAUGAAGAAAUGUAUUGGGCAUGCAGUCAUAAAUGUUCCCAAACUCUUCUUCCAUUGCAAUUCUAUUGCAUUGCUUCAUGUAAAUCAUUCCAUGUUUAUCAGUUUCUCAGUUAAGGCCUGGGUGUAAUAGAGCAAUCAAUUGUUUCUGUAUAUUCUUUGCCUUAUUUUUGAGAAUACUGACUGUGACUUUUUUUUUACAUUGCUGUAUUUCUUUAACACACAGAAUAUGCAAACGUUUAAUGUACAUUUCCCAUCCAAAGAUUUGGAGAGUAAAUAUAAGGAAGAAGUCCGUUCAAUGUAAUACCUGUUUUACUUGGUAAUAAAGAGGUUGCAAUA